GAUUUGAACAGAAUUGGAGGUGAAAAAGAGUCCAAACUUGAGGAACAUCGUCAAUGGCUUAACGAUGCAAACAACAGAGUGAACGAUUUGGAGAAUGUAAUCAAGGAUAAAGAUGGUUGCAUCGACUCAUUGCAAAAAGAAAUAGAAGAACUUAAAACGGUCAAAUUGGUAACACCUGAAGGUGACUUAGAGGGCGAACUCAAACAGGUUCGUGAAGCAAUGCAGAAAAUCGAAGACGAACUGCACAAUGCCCAAAAAGCACUUAGCGAAGCGCCGAAUGUCGAUGAAUUUAAGUUAACACAAUGGUUCAGCGAAUCUUUAACACUUUUUGUCCGCGAAUCUCCCCGACAGUUUCAACAAGAGGAUAUCUACACAUUAAUUUGCCACUUUCUUGUUCGUGAAGCAAUGCAGAAAAUCGAAGACGAACUGCACAAUGCCCAAAAAGCACUUAGCGAAGCGCCGAAUGUCGAUGAAUUUAACUGGCUGAAAUCGGAACACGAGCGUUUAUGUAACGAAAUGAAUGAAAAGAAUCGAAUCAUCGAUGAUUUGAAUAGAAUCCGUGACGAAAAAGAAUGGAGUCUUGGUGAACAUCGUCAAUGGCUCACCGAUGCUAAUAAUAGAGCUGAUGGUCUUGAGAAUGCAUGCAAAGAUAAGGAGAAUACCAUCGAAUCAUUGCGUAAAGAGAUUGAAGAGUUGAGAAGUGUUACUUUGGAAGCUCCUCAAGCGGCAGUGAGGAUAAAAACUCUUGAAAGUGAAUUGCAUGAUGCUCAACAGGCUCUCACGGAGGGACCAAAACAGGACGAUGUCAAUGCACUUCGAUCAGAAAACGAUCGUCUCACAAACGAGAUUAAUGAGAAGAAUCGAAUCAUCGAUGAUUUGAACAGGAUCCGAGAUGAAAAGGAAUGGACACUGGGAGAACAUCGCCAGUGGCUCAAUGACGCUAACAAUAGGUUCGUUUUUCUUGUUUUCCUUGAAUUUACCACAACACUCGCUUUACACCAAACUCGCGAACGCAUCCGAGACAAGGAUCGAACUAUUGAUCAGCUCAAAGAAGAGAUCGAACAUCUGAGCAGUAUGACAUAUGAGGCUUCAUUGACGGCUGUUCCUGAUGAUGAAUUAAAACGUUGGCAGAGUGAAGUUGACCGCCUUGGGAAUGAGAUAAAUGAGAAGAAUCGUAUCAUUGAUGAUUUGAAUAGGAUCAGAGAUGAGAAGGAAUGGAAACUUGGAGAACAUCGUCAAUGGCUUGAGGAUGCGAACAACAGAGCGAACGGUCUCGAGGACGCACUCCGAGAUAAGAACAAUGAACUUGAUGCACUUCACAAAGAGAUCGAUGAACUGAAGAAAACAAUACCAGAAUCCGUUGAAGCAACACCUGGAGUAUCUGUUGAUGAAUUCAAGUAA